AUGACAACAUACAGUACUACUCGAGCAUCUCCGACCGAUCACUCCGAUGAUAGAAAUUCCUCUAUCUCAGGAAGUGAUGCCGAAAACGACUACCCGGAUGAUGGCCUGGAUGCGGGGGGAAACAGUAAGAAGAGAAAGAGGUCUUUGAAAAUUUCUUGUGAAUUAUGCAAGUCUAGAAAGGUCAAAUGCGACCGCGUCGAACCAGCCUGUGGAUGGUGUGCGCGUAACAAUCGAACAUGCGUCUACAAGGAACGGCAAAAGCCUGGCCUUCGAGUUGGCUAUGGCCGCGAGCUCGAGGAAAAGAUCAAUCGCCUCGAGGCUCUCCUUCAUACCAUGGGCCGUAGACUCGAAGAACACAUUUCCGACCAUGGAGACUAUCCAAGCAAUGGUCCAGGUUCAAUUCGAAUGCAAUCUCAACCUACUCGCUUCUCAAUAGCCUCACAGGUUGAUCCACGCCCUACGAAUGGAAGCAUCAUCUCUCAAGACACCCCCGUGUCCGAGAGGUGGCCUGGACCAAAUGCUUACGAAAGAAUGCAGUAUCCAAGACCCCAAGAUGCAAUGUCGAUACGCUCAGUUGUAGACAAUGCAAGCCAUGAUUUGAUGUCGCAGAGUGACAUGGCUACAUCGGCAACCUGGAUUCCAAGUUCGACGCCUGCCUCCUCAAUGCCAGAGUCGGAAUUACCACCGUAUGACUUAAUUUACACCCUAGUGGACUUAUUCUUCAAACACGUCAAUCCUUGGUCACCCAUAUUGGAUCGGAAAGCUACCUUUGAUACUUUCUUCGGAUCCCAAUCGCCAGUUGAGGAAACUGACCGCAUACUUCUCCAUGCAAUUGUUGCCACCACACUUCGGUUCUCUAAGGAUCCGCGGCUAACUCCAGAGCUCAAGGCUCAAUUCCACGAAAUCUCACGACAGAAAAUAAUGCUCUAUGCGUUCGAUCAUCCUAACGUGCGGGCUUUGCAGGCUUUGGUGAUUCUAGCGGUGGACGUUCUAGGCACGUCAAAUGGGCAGCAAGGAUGGAACUUGCUCGCUUUGAUUGCCAGGAAUAUUGUUCAACUGGGACUUGAUGUUGAGAAGAAUUCAUAUUUGGAGUCGGCAGCUUAUCCUUCGGCGACCUUGCUGCAAGCUUCACAACCUAAAACCUGGAUCGAGAGCGAAGAGCGUCGUCGCCUGUGCUGGAUGACCUUUGUGCUCGAUCGCUAUGCCACUGUUGCCACAGCUGAUGCUUUCACGCUGGACGAAAGAGCCAUGGACCGAUGUUUGCCUUGUCGCUAUGAUCUAUUUUCCCGCAACGAACCAGUUGAGACGAGAUGGCGUCGACCAAUUGCACAACAUGAGACAUUUGCGCAAACGGAGAUGGUUCUCAACAGACCAGAAAACCUUGGUAGUUUCUCUUACCACUGCGAAGUCUUGGGCAUCCUCAGUCGGAUUCAUCGCUUCCUUCACCAGCCUCUGGACAUCACCCAGCGCCCUGAUAUCCUCAGAUGGCGCGAAGCCUAUCGAGAAUUGGACGGAGAGUUGAACACAUGGCUCCAGAACCUGCCCGGAGAGUACGGCAAAAUCUCCCAGCUGUGCCACUCCGAUCCAGGUAGUCGGAUAUCGAACUGGAUCAUGCUGCAUGCCGCCUUUGUCACCUCCGUCAUUCGACUUCAUUCAUCGGCUGCAUACCCGACCAUCAAGUCGCAUGUCUUCACGCCUUCGUACCAUGCCAUCCAACGCUGUCUCGGGGCAGUCGAGAGUCUACGAGAGAUUGCCCAGGACGUCUUGAAUACCGGCAUGCUUGCUCUCUUAGGACACCCAUUCGCGUUCUCCCUCUGGGUGUCUGCGCGGCUACUGCUCGUCCACGCCGCGACAAUGGAGUGUGAGAUUGAUCCGAAGAUUUCCUUCUUCAUCUCUACGCUUGAGGAGAUGGGCCAACACUGGCAAGUCGCCAGAGACUACGCGAGGAUCUUGACCGACGUUGUCCAAGAAGGAAGCAGUGGCAGGGGAAGGACUUUCACGGCUAUGAGAAGAUGUGCAUGCGAGCUGAAUCUCCUGACAACCCAACGACCACGCACCACGCUCGAGCCCAUCACGACGCAUCCCUCGCCGCAAAGCGAGCUGGAAUAUCUCGAAGUCUUCGAUUUCUUUAACUAUCCCCGGUUUAAUGCCAUCUCGACGAGCAAUCCGCUGGAUCCUUCCUGUGGUGCUGGGAUCACUCCACUAGGCGACCAGACGCCGACGCAAGGCCAGCGGCAACCACAGUCUUUGCGCGGCGCCGCUCCGGCGUUUGUCAUUCCAAAUCCCGAGUCAGACUGGCUCAUCUUCAAGCCGCCCUAUGAAUAG